CGCGUUCAAUAGAUGGAGAUGGCAGAGGCGAAGGCUAUUUUUGUGUUGUUGUUGCUGGUUUAGGGAUCCGUCUGUGAAGAAGAGGGAGAAGAGAGGGGGAAAGGGAAAUGCAGGAGAGGGGGUAACUCUUUUUUCCGACAAAAAUGGAGUGAAGAAAGGAAUUAUGAUCAGUAAGGAUAUGGUUAUCUUACAUAACGGUCUCUAUUCUGUUUGAAUUGAGCUUGGGAGGCAGUGAUAAGGACGAGCUCCAACCAAUUCAUAGUGAGAAGAGAGCUAUGAGCUAUGAGCUAUGAACUAUGAUCAUAUCUUAUUUCAAGUUAGAAGGUAGUUUCAGUAUAAGGAUUAUUUAAUUUGACAAGUUGUUUAUUCCAUGAUUCUUGGUAGUUUCAGUGCCAUUCUAGCCAUUGUUUAGUCUGUAAUUUUUGAGAAUUGAUGUGCGAGUAAUGACUUUCACUUAGCUUCAACUAUUAUGUGUGUAUUUAUUGGCAUGUAUUAGAAUUCUCUUUUCCUUUUCUUUGAAUUCGGUUUCAUACUUUAAUUGUAUCAUUCGUACAUAGGCAAAUCAUGCUCGAGAUGACAACUCGCUGAUAUGGCUGGUGCAAGGAACGAAGCCAUCAUUUGAAUUCCGGCCGACAAUGGGGAGGGAUGCCCAGGACUAAUUCAAUGAUGAUUGAUGAUGGUAUAAUAAAAACUGCAGUUUGCAUCAGCACCAAUUUCUAGGCCUAAGUAAAGUUAUUCAACCCAGAACUCUGCUUAGCGCUAAAAAUUCCCUCACCCAACCUUGAUCCUGUUUGACCCACUUCUGAAGAGUCAAGAUAUAUGACUAAUCCUCUCCGUUCGUAUUUUCUUAUUGACUCUUUCUGACCCUUUAGGUUGGGGCGGGUCGGGAAGAAUCAAAUUAGUAGGUCAGUCCUAAUCAAGUGGAAUCCCAAUCCCUUCACUCUCACUUGCUUUCUCUCUCAUUCCACAAGUGGUUAACAUACAGUAAUCCGGCCAACGGGCCGGGUAAUAAGCUAGUCUAUACAUACUAUAAUACGCUGAAGCAAAAAGCAGAACCCCCAUUUCAAAAUCCCAGCCUCCAGAGUGUUUGUCGGAGGGGUAUUUUCGGAACGGCAGUUCUGAAGGUUGGUUAUCCGAGCCUCCUCCUCUCUCCUUUGAAGGUUGUCAAUCUGGAGCUCCAUUGCUGAUUUUUUCUCCCAAUCAAUCUGAGCCUGCCUCUCACCGUCCUCCGCCGUUGUGAAUCCGACCCUCCUCCUCUCUACUUCCUCCGUCUUCACCGGCAACGGGCCUGCUGAAUUUGCUCCCAGUCAAUCUCAGCCUCCCUCUCUCCGUCCUCCGCCGGUGUCUAUCCGAGCUUCCUACUCUCUCCGUCGUCCGUCUUCACCGCCAACGGCCCUCUGAAUUUUCCUCCCUAUCAAUCCGAGCCUCCCUCUCUCCGUCCUCCUCCGUUAUCAAACCGUAAUCGCGAUGUCGUAUAACUUGUGUUGUUACUGUGUCGGUUGGUCGAGGAGCUAUUACCGUCUUUUCGCCCGAUGGCCAUCUCUUCCAGGUCGAAUACGCACUGGAGGCCAUCCGCAAGGGAAACGCGGCCGUCGGCGUCCGUGGCACCGACACCGUCGUCCUCGGCGUCUAGAAGAAAUCCGCCGCCAAGCUUCAGGACUCCUGGUUCUUUAUCCUUCUUCUGCCUCUUCCGAUCCCCUUUUUCUCUAAUUUCACCUUUUUAGUAGCAAUAUGUUAGGGUUUUUCGUAGCCUCUAGCAGUUAAUCGCUGUUGAUAAGAUUUGAGCUGUCAUUGGUAUAGAAAUCAAUGGUAGUAUUGUGUUUGCUGUAAUAGGUUGCGGAUGACGGGGAAACGAAAUUGCUGAUUUUUGAAAUGCUGCGUAUGAACGAUUGUUAUCUUGCUUCAUUCCAGAAACAUUUAUUGCUUGCUCUUUCUUAUCUUUUCGCUGCUACAAUCUUGCAGAUCAGUGAGGAAGAUCGUCAACCUCGAUAAUCAUAUUGCUUUGGCAUGUGCUGGCCUUAAGGCAGAUGCUUGAGUGCUAAUCAACAGGGCCAUAAUUGAAUGUCAAAGCCACAGGCUAACAGUGGAGGAUCCUGUCACUGUUGAGUAUAUCACCCGUUACAUUGCUGGACUUCAGCAAAAGUACACACAAAGCGGCGGUGUCAGGCCAUUUGGGCUUUCGACCUUGAUCAUAGGGUUUGAUCCAUACACUGGGGUGCCCUCACUUUAUCAGACAGAUCCUUCUGGCACCUUUUCAGCUUGGAAAGCAUAUGCAACUGGGAGGAACUCCAACUCCAUCAGAGAGUUUCUGGAGAAGAAUUAUAAAGAAACUUCUGGUCAAGAAACCAUCAAGCUUGCAAUCCGGGCCUUAUUGGAGGUAUGUACUCAUAUCUUGGCCUAUUGGAUGUAGUGAAAUUUGGGGAUAAUUUUUGGCAAAACCUAUUGAGCUUUAUUAUGGUAUGUUGAGCCAAUAAAGAUCAAUGUCUGGAUAGCAUAUGGAACAAUUUGUUUUAUAGUUUGUAGAACCAAUAAGAUCAAAUUCUGUAUACUAUAUGCAACGGUUGAACAUGAUUUAUGUCCGAUGAUAGCAAUAUGACUUUGGUUACCAGCAUUUCUUUUCCACAAAUGGUUAUGAAUAGUGAGUUUGCUUUGGAAGACAUAAUCUGAUGUAGGUUUGGCAAAAAACAAUUCCUGAAUUUCAUCUUAAGCUGAAACACAUAGAGUCAAUGUUCAGUUUCCUUCCAUCAUUUCUUCCUUUGGACUUCUUGCAAACUUGUCUUCUUUUUGCUAGACCGUAUAGAAUGCCUUAUUGUAUAAAGCAUAUUCAACAGAAAGUAUUGAUUGACCGAUUGAGUCAAGUUUGAUGAAACUGGUCCAUAGGAUGCUGGUCAUGUGUGACUUUUGACAUUAAUUGUAAACUAAAUUGUUUCAGGCUUCUUGCUGAACGAUCAUGGGUCGAAACCAACUGAAUUAGUUCGUCACUCAUUUGAAAAGGGAAACUGCGGGAAAUCUUGCGGGAGCUUGCUACUUCGUUUUGGGUGGCCGGUGAAGUGGAGGAGGAGAAUGAGCAUUAAGAUGAUACGGAGAUGGUUGAUCAGAACUCCGGAUGCGAGCAAAGCCUCGAUGAGGUACUUUCAUUUCUCCAUUCUACCCCACCAACGAUUCAUGUGCUGCCUGUGAUCUUAGACCGAGUGAGAAUCUAUAAUUUUUUGCGAUGGUGAAAGUUUCACGCUUGGUACUCACCACUUGACGAUUAUUAUUGGUAAUGAAAUUGUGUGUUGGAGAGACCCAAUUUAGCUUCAAAGUAAUACAUGUGUUACCCAUGCAAAUGGGUUUUGGAGCUGCUGCUGUGCUAGCAGCUUUUAAUGGUGAACAAGAAACUAAAGCUCUCUGGAGUUCAUUCAUUGCGCCAAAGCUGAACCAUAGGAACUGGCUUCUAAUAUCACGUUCAAAGAUGUGGGAGACAUAUUCUGAAUGGUUGGUUUAGUUACAGGGGAUACUUGAGAUGUAAAUACACGAGGUACUGCAAUACGUUAUCCACAUCUCAACUAUGAUCUUAGGCAAUAGCUAUUAUGGAUGUACUCUACAUGUUUAUUGCUUAUUACUUAGCAAUUGUUCCACCUUCCUGAUUCUGUUCCAUUAAAAUGUUGAGUUCAAGCCCUUUUUUUAAUGAACUGUUCAAGCCUUCUUAUUUGCUCUAUUUAGUAUAUUGCUUAUAUUAAGUUAGGCUUGGGUGCUAGCAACAAUAGAGCAUUAUAGAUUCAUUUUUCUAUUCGAUUAGUAUAAAUGGUUACAUUGCCUCCAUAACUUUCAAUCCUAUUUAAUCACUAUGACAAUGUAGGAUCCAGAAGAAGAGAAGAUAUAAGGUGUUGUGGUUUCUCUCUACAUUUUUUUGCCAAUGCUCUCUAUCCCUCUUUCUUAGUGAUUUCGCUGGCAAAGGAAUGUUCUGGACAAGGAUUAUGGCAAAUAUAAUUAUUCUUGGAAGAGAUACGUGAAUUGGAUCAUGAUGUUGCUUUCAUUCACAAAUUAUGGACUGUUUAACGUGUAAAUGCACAUGAGAUUGAUUAUCCAAGAAAUCAAAAGUACGAGUUGUUGUUAUUGCUUUGUUAAGUUAUGCUAAUUAUUUGGGUGCUAUUAUUUUAUAUCUUAGUGGCUAAAAUAUAAUGUAUUUUAAAGUUAUUCAAUGGUUCAACCUCGACCAACCCAAUUAGUCCAAUUUUUAUCAUUUCAAAUAUAUAUUUUAUAAUUAUUUGAUAUCAUAAUGAUCAAUUAUAGUGUAUUUUAUAGGGAAACGUUUGGUAUUUGUUAGUAAAAAACUAAACAUAAAGAUCUAUUUGGUUAUUUUAAACAUUAAAAUGAUCCUAAAUAUUUUCAGUUCCUUUUGAAUUUCUAUGGUUUUAUUCCCGAAUAAGUGAUGUGCAAAUGGCGAAUUGUAGUCGUCUCUUUUCUUUCACUAUUUUUUAUUUUCAAAUAGAAAGUUUAAAAGUAAAGAAUAAUUAGAAUUUGGCAUGGGUCGGUCAAACAGGCUGAAUUUCAAGUUUUGGCCCGUUUGUUUUAUGCAUUGGAAAUUUAUUAGCAUGUUGAUGGAAAUGGCUUGGAAAAAAGACAUAUAAGUUGUACCUUUGCAGAAAUGUCCUCAAAUGUUUGAAUGCUUUGUGAAUAAGGUUCCGUGACUUUUGUGAUGGUGUAUGUGCUUGAUGAUUGCUCGAUGUUGUAACUGCUUAAUUUGAAAGUAAAUCUUUUGAUUUUCCCUAUGAGUUGUGAUAUCAGUUCUGGUGGUUGCAUCAUGUUGUCGUUGUUGGCCUGUAAAAGUUGUUCCGUCGUGAUGCUAAAGACCUUUAUUUCUUUUUUAACAAAUUGUGUAGUAGUGC